AUGAACCACAGAGAAGAGGAACCAGAUGUGGCGGAGCUGAUUCGAAGGGAACCCGAAUUGGAUUUUGCUGAUGAUUUCGCGCAGCUGGAGAUUAGGCUCCAGGCUCUAGUUGAUUUGGGCCUCGGAGACACGGAAGUUGGUUCGUGGCGUCGUCGCCAUCGCAGGAUCAGACACCUGGCACCGUAUAAGUGUAAUGAGUGCCACGAGUAUGUGCGUUGUGCCGUGAUUACCAUCUGUGGUCACCUCUUCUGCUGGGCCUGCUUGUGGCCCAAAGUGAGUGGCGAUAAGGGUCCGAGGUGCCCGAGCUGUGGGCAACGCUUGAUCCUGCACGAGGACAUCAUGCCGUUCCACGCCGAGGGGCCCAAUGCCAAGCCAGAUGAUAACGAAAUCCUGGCCCAGCCCGAUUCGGUGCCCCGACCCACGGGCCUGUACCUCAGCGAAUCGAAGGUUCCCGGCUGGUUUUUGGUCAACGAUCCGAGGGAGGCGCGCGAAUGGAUAUUCAAAGAGUCGACCAGGGAGAGGGAUUUUUAUUCCGCGGUGCGGUCUUUGCCUGUGAAACAUUCCUGGAUCGGAACUCAACUGCAAUACCUCAGGUGGUUCCAACUGGGCUGCGCCAUCCUUAUGAUCCUGAUGUGGUACAUCUCCUCGUUGAGCACAGAGGUAAAUGUGCUAUUUAUUUCAAUUUACUUCGUUAUUAAUGGGUGGACGUGUUUCUUUUAAAUCAAUGCUUGGCUAGAGUUGACAAUACCGCAAUAAAUUUCUGUAAAUACAGGCGUUUUAAAACCUAA